CCAACAACUUCACUCUCCCUGUAAAAAUACCUCUUGCAAAAGGAAUUCUUUCUCCUGUAGUUAAAGAGGAUUUGGAAAUCUGACCCGGUAGCCAGGGUGGUAUAGGUCUCCGUCUCCUAAGGACGUCUGAACCCUCGCUCCCUUUUUAAUAUGAGAAUUCGAAAGCAGUGGGGAAGUGAUGUUGGACCUAUCACAGCAUUGCUAACAGACAGCCUAUUACAGUAUUUAAUAAAAACAGAAACAGCAUGCCUAUCAUAGGCUAAUAAUCCUACCUCCUGCACGCUUUAAAAACAGUAUGAAGCAGCUUGAACGGAGCUUCAGAUAACUAAUUUCUAGCAUGGCUGUCUAGCGUGCCUGUCACUCCUAUUGUCCUUCCAAACUCUUUCAGACAUUUUGAGCAGGGAGUAUUAAUGCUAUGAGUUAGCAACGGUUGUGACAUUAAUGGUCCAGAAAGGCUUUAGGCACGAGAGGUAAGGAUGAUUACCGGUGGCUUUUUGGAGGACUACACUGGAUCGCUGUCGUUAAGAAAUUAAGCUUGGCUUUUGAGGAAGAUGUAACAACUACUGGAGAACCAAUCUGCAUCACUUAAGUCCAAACUAUUAUAUUAAUCAUCCUUUACACUAGACUAGAGAACUUCUUUUUAAUUGUCCAUAUCAUGGCCACCAUGCAUCAAAGGUCUUUUCAUCAUUCCUCCAGGACUUCCACCAUAAGGAAAGGAGCCCCGGGACCAACAUCCUCUAAGAUGUUUAUAUGGACCAGUGGCCGGACCUCUUCAUCUUACAGACACGAUGAGAAAAGAAAUAUUUACCAAAAAAUCAGGGACCAUGACCUCCUGGACAAAAGGAAAACUGUCACAGCACUGAAAGCAGGAGAGGACCGGGCCAUUCUCCUAGGACUGGCCAUGAUGGUGUGCUCCAUCAUGAUGUACUUUCUUCUGGGAAUCACACUCCUGCGCUCGUACAUGCAGAGCGUGUGGACCGAAGAGUCUCAGUGCACCUUGCUGAACGCGUCCAUCACAGAAACAUUCAAUUGCUCCUUCAGCUGUGGUCCGGACUGCUGGAAACUCUCUCAGUACCCCUGCCUCCAGGUGUAUGUUAACCUGACUUCUUCCAGUGAAAAGCUCCUUCUCUACCACACAGAAGAGACAAUGAAAAUCAAUCAGAAGUGCUCCUAUAUACCUAAGUGUGGAAAAAACUUUGAAGAAUCCAUGGCCCUGGUGAAUGUUGUCAUGGAAAACUUCAGGAAGUACCAACACUUCUCCUGCUAUUCUGACCCAGAAGGAAACCAGAAGAGCGUCAUCCUAACCAAACUCUACAGUUCCAAUGUGCUGUUCCAUUCACUUUUCUGGCCAACCUGUGUGAUGGCUGGGGGAGUGGUGAUCGUUGCCAUGGUGAAACUCACACAGUACCUCUCCCUGCUCUGUGAGAGGAUCCAACGGAUCAAUAGAUAAAAGCAAAAUGGAUGAGAUCAUUUUCUUUAAAGCUCAAAUACUGUUUUCUUUCUUUCUUCACCAAAGAACCUUAAGUUUGUAAUGUGCAGUCUGUUAUGAGUUCCUUAAUAUAUUCUUAUACGUAGAGCAAUAAUGCAAAAGCUGUUCUAUAUGCAAACAUGAUGUCAUUAUUAUUCAGGAGAAGAAAUAACUGUUUUGUGUUGGUUGGUUGUUUUCAUAAUCUUGUUUCGAUGCUGGAACUAGUACUUCCUUUUCUUGUUCUACCAAAAUAGGGCUCAGUUAUUCAUUUGCCAAGUUUGUGGAGGAAUAUCAAUGUGAUACGGUCUCUGUUCUGAGUUGUCAGAUUUCUGGAAGACAUUUCUGCAAUACUUUUCAUCAUUCAUUGUUUACUAAAGCUGCAGCCAAAAAUAAUUUUUUCUUUUCUUACUCUCAACUGAGCCCAUAACAAGUGAUGGGACCAGAUUUCCUAACUAAAGGAUGUUAAUACAUUUUUCUUGUAUUUCUACCACAUCACUGUAAAGAAGGGGGGAAAUCCAGACAGCUAUCUUUCUUUUAUUACUUUCUACUCAUAACUUUAGAUUUUUUAAAUGAUUUCCAAAAAAAUUCAGCUGUUUUCAUUAACCAAUUCUAUAAUCUUUUUGAUUUAAUUAGAAAAUGAACAGAGUCCUUUUCCAUGUAAGCCGCUGCUACUGUAUGAGGAGAUAACACAAGGAGUUCCAUUACCUGUGAACUGAAUGAAUGUUGAGUAGAUGCUUCAUCACAAUCCAGGAAAGUCUAUAUUACUAAGACAUUUGUUUGAAAAUCUUAGCUUCAUUUCAAUUGUACUGUUUUAUGGUAAAACUGAGACCCUACUUGCUGGUCAAGACUAGUGAACUGAUUUCAAUGGGUAAAUCUAUUGUGGCAAAUUAACAUGUUGGACUAUUGCUCUUUGGAAAUUUCCCUUUAAGUUAAUAGUCUCUCUCUUUCUAACAUGUGUUUUCUGUCAGGAUUUUAAAGCUGUGUGCACAGAAUAUUUGUCUCCUCUACAUUUUUAUUUUUCUAUUUACAAUUGCCUUUUUGUUGCUAGAUUUGAUACACAGAAUAGACCUUUUUUCCUAACACACACUUGAACUGAAUAACAGAUUUAAAGAAAGCCUUUGUUCAGAUUGCCAUUCACUUUAUUGUGUUUGGAAGGGGGCUGGAGGGAAGAGACUGUUUUAAACAAAAACAUUUCACCUUUUAUUUAAUAUCAAAAGAAGACAAACAUCUAUCUUUCUCAUCUACACUUAAGUACCUUUUUGUAAUGUAGUUUUCUAGGUAUUGCAAAAUUUUACAAAUCAUAUUUGUGGAAUGAAUGGUAAACUAAUCUGAUGAAGUGAAAGUACUCUGCAAUACUGUAAUUCAGUUUGACUUUUCAUAAGCAAAUAAAUCCCUAGGGUAUAAUCAGGACUUCAAAUGUGUAAUUAAAAUUUAAAAAAAA